UUUUAACUGGAUUUAGCCAGUUAUUAAACGAUGAGUCAGCACAUAUGCGAACUGCCCGCAAAACACGAGCACGAGUUUCCCUUCGGGCCGAUAAAACCGCUGACUUUCAAAAACGCGUGGAUAGCUUGGUGCGGCAUCAGUAAAUACAGUCCAAAAUGCGGUCACUACAUGGACAGUACAGUCAAGGUGACUGCCGAGAGGAGGAGGCAGAUCGCUCUGAAACAUUGGUGGAUAAUACACCCAUUUAGUUACGCCAGGUACGUCACAGUCCUCACCUCCGCACAUGCGGCGUCUCGAAGACACAGAGGAGAACGUUGCUCGUAUCGCUCGUCGAUAAGCAAACGCGUCGUCCUGAACGAAGACAUUUACAGGUACUUCUGGGAUACAUUCAUGAUGGCGAUUUACUCAGUCGCCUUCCUCACGAUCCCCUUCAUGAUUUGCUUCGUCGUUAAGGACUACCAGUCGAUUCUCUUGGAUAAAGUAAACGUUCCGAUUUACGCGAUUUUCUGGCUGGACAUAGCGUUCAACUGCAUUACAGGAUAUUACGACAGCAAGGACAUGCACAUCGAGUUGAAGCUGAGCAAAAUAUUCAUGUCUUAUCUGAAAGGAUUUCUCCUGCCGGACGUGUUGUCGUCUCUCCCGUACGAUCACAUAACGUUGCCGUGGCGAAGAUUGCCAGGGGAUGACUCGUAUCAUGCUAUCGUCUUGAUCAAUAUAUUGCCCUUCAUAAAAUUAACGCGCUAUUGGACGUUCAAGUCGACCAUUUUUUUUCUAUUUAAGCACUUUGGGAUCAGGCACUUUUACUACGAACUGUAUACCACGCUGUUGCUGGGAAUGUACCUGAUCUUCUGGUUCUCCUGCCUGUGUUACGUGAUACCGAUUUUGUUAAUGAUGCAUUUCGUCAAUAUCUCGCCGGCGGAAUGCAAGAACUGCUGGAUGACGGGCUUGGAGGAUCGCACUCUCACGUUCAGGUUCAAAAACGCCAUGCUGAUCGUGCUGGAGAAUAUCCUAGCGACCGGUUACGGUCUCUUCGUACCUGAGACAGACGGUCACCUGAUCCUGAGCAGUCUGGUCAUGUUUAUCGGCAGGAUCAUGCUGUGCUACUUCUUGAGUGAAGAACCGUUCCGUUUGUUAGCUUCUCCAGCGCAGAAGCGCUUAUUUUUCUCCAAGCCAAAUCUCCUUUCAGUCAUAUUCCUUCGGGUGAAGGCUAAGAGAACAGAGUCCGAGACGAAGUUUCAAGAGAUCACGAACGAGCUGAAGGCGUACACUAGACAGAAGCAGUUGGUGCCGCACAUGAAGAAGCGUCUCUUGGCCUAUUACCACUAUCGCUUCAAGAACAGUUACUUCCGCGAGAAACAAAUUCUGUCCAACUUGUCAGAAACGUUACGCGAAGAGAUCGCGCUCGAGUCCUGCCGGCGAUUAAUCGAGAACGUGGCGAUAUUCAAGAACCUGCCCAGGCACGUUUUGCAGUCGAUAGUGAAGACCUUGAAGUUCGAGUUGUAUCUGCCGAACGAAGUGAUUAUCAAGGCUGGCAGUCACGGCGACUGCAUGUUCUUCCUGUCUUCCGGGACUGUGACUAUCCUGACGCCAACCGGGAAGGAAAUAUGCCAUUUGGAAGACGGCGCGUACUUCGGCGAGAUCGCCCUUCUGGUGGCGGACGAGCGGAGGACAGCCAGUGUCGUCGCGAUCGACGUCUGCGAGGUGUACCGAAUGGACCGUAAGGACUUCCGCCAGUGCAUAGCCGUGCACAGCGAAUUGUUCGCGCAGAUCGAGCGCAUCGCCAUCGAACGAGUGGACAAGGUCGUUCGGGCCGAGAAGCAGCACAAACGUUUCCUCAUGCGUCCCAGUCGCGUACAGAAUUCUCAUCCCGACAAACUAAGCGUGCAAAAACACUAAGGUGACUAACUUGAUGCUUGACGUGAGAAUGUGUCAGCCAGUUGCAUCUGCGUUUGCCACGCAGAUUCAAAUUAGGAGCAAAGCCGGCUUUGGAAAGGCGCCGUUUAACCCCGCCAUCGCGAAAUAACAUAAUCCUGCUGAUCGUGUAAUUAUAUAUUUAAGGACCUUAUAUAUUAUUAUUGUCCAUACAAUAAUAUCAUAUAGCGUCAUUCAUUUAUAUCUACUUUUAUUUUAAAAUUAUAUAUGUAUAUACAUAUAUAUAUAUAUAUAUAUAUAUAUAUGUAUAUAUCUAUAUAUGUAUAUAUGUAUAUAUGUAUAUAUGUAUAUAUUAUUCAUUAUCUAAGGUACUUACAGUUACAAUUACAUUCGCUAAAACCGUACGAUAUAGCACUGUCGUGCGCGACGAGCUAUACUUCUAUCGAUAAAACGCAUGUGGGAUAUGAAUCGCGAUCUCUCCUUUUGUGUUUUGUGUUUUGUCCCGCUUCUUCGUGUUCUCUUCCUUCUCGACUUCGGACUUCUUCUUUAACAAAGAGGUCGCGC